GCAGCUCUGAGUCUUCCCGCUGCAUGGUACUCCUAUGACAUAAUCGUAAACGGCCGAAAGUGAUUGAGAGUGCCAUCGGUAUUCAUAAAACUAUACUUUUACAGUAAACCUGCGUUAUGGCGUAACUUUAAACAUAAAUCAGUGGGUCGUCGACAAUGACGUUAUGAAUAAUUAGAUGUUAUGAAUCGUAUGAGUUGGUAAUUGUGAUCAAUCAAAAAAAUUCGUAUGGACGCCCGCUCGCCAGUCGCGGUAUGUUAAAAUGCUCUUAAUAAAUCAAAUAAACGAUUCCUUUAUAUUUCAAGAUAGCUAGGAGACUGCAAUUUGAAGGAGUGACUCUGAAGUGCAUAUUUACGGAUCUGAUGAAAACAUCUUAGCGGAAAACAGGAUAUCUGGUCCUCCCCGUAAAAGGACAUGGGCUAUCAAACGAUCUUCUGUGACAACAUGGCGAGGCUCAGCACUUUCAGAUCCUAUCAGAUAGUUUUGGUCUUUGGAGCUGCGUUGGCAGUAGUAGCCUUUUACUACUUCGGAUCGGAGCAAGAGAACUUCUCCAGCACCACUAAGCGCAUCAAGCAAACCCAGACCAGCCAAAACACCAACCGAAAUGAGGCCGAUCCAUCAGCGGAUCCUAGGCUAGAGCAGACCAGCAGAAGGACAGCAAGAGAGCAGCUAGAAAAAAGAAAGGCCAAAGGAGGUUCUGAGGCUGCUCAGCACUACCAUAUUCUUAUGAUGUUUACCAAAGUGGAUAAAAGCAAGGCACUCCAGGAGAAAUUUGAGAUAGCCAUGAGGUCCAUGGUGAAGCAUGCUGGGUUCCUUGACAAGGAGAUGCUGGUCUUUCAUUUUGUGAGUGAUGAAGGCAGUAGAGAACUUGGACAGAAGAUACUUCCAGAGUUUCUCCGAGAUGCAUCUUUUCAGUAUGAGGUGGAGUUCCACGAUGUAACCGAGCUGACAGAGAAGCUCUUCCCCAUUGUGAAGGCCAUGCAGCUGCACUUCAGCGCUGGCUCAGGGGCCUACUACAGCGACGCCAUCUUCUUCCUGUCGGUGGCCAUGCAUCGCAUAGUGCCUGAAGACAUGAAGCGCAUUGUGCAGCUGGAUUUGGACCUGAAAUUCAGGAGCAAUAUCAAGGACUUGUUCGAGGAAUUUGGAGAGUUCCCGCCUGGCGCAGUGAUCGGGAUUGCCCAGGAAAUGCAACCAGUGUACAGGCACACGUUCUGGCAGUACCGCAGGGAGAACCCCAAGACUAAAGUCGGUGACCCCCCUCCAGAUGGCAAACCAGGCUUCAACAGUGGAGUGAUGCUCCUGGACUUGGAAGCCAUGCGACAAUCGACUCUUUACAACCGACUUUUGGAGCCAGAGCAGGUGGCCAAAUUGGCCGACCAGUAUCAUUUCCGGGGUCACCUCGGCGAUCAGGACUUCUUCACAAUGAUUGGCAUGGAGUACCCAGGCCUGUUCCACGUCUUGGCCUGCGGCUGGAACCGGCAGCUGUGCACUUGGUGGAAGGAUCACGGCUACGGGGAUGUAUUUGAACUCUACUACCAGUGCCUGGGUCCCAUCCAUGUUUACCACGGCAACUGCAACACGCCCAUUCCUAAUGACUGAGGAGCACCAGUGUCCAAGUCAUCCAAGCCAUUCCAACGUCUGCAAAUGUUAAUUCCUGGAGAGGAGCAUGAAUGUGGCCUUCAAGCAAAAGGAGACAUAUGUCCCAAAGUAUCCCAAAUUGGUCUGCUGAUGAAGCUUUCAUCUUCCGAGAAAGGAAUGUGAUAUUUAAGUUUUGUGUAGGAGGUAGUUACGUGUGGACUAGUUAAGGAUAUCCUUCUGUAAAAUAGUAAGAAAUACAGGGGGGAAGUGAAAGGGAUUCAGUGCGAGAAAGAGGUGCUCUGGGACUGCUUUGAAUAAUCACAAGCUACAGUCAGCUGGGGGGGCCAAUACUGAAAUCAUUAAUUUCCACUUUUUUAACAUCAAAUGUUUUUUGUUCCUUGUCUGGCAUUGAAUGUUCUGAACAAAAGCAAAUUAGCAUGUGGUAUUUUGGUAGCUAAUUGAAUACAAUAAACUGAUCUCUGUUUAUGUAGAUGACUUCAGACUGUCCACCCAAAUGUGCCAACAGUUAGUGUGGCAUUUUGUCACAUGAGAUUUAAUGCAGAAUUAUGUAGUCUAAUGAAAUGAGCCUUCUGGCUGCUGAAAUGAUGUUUAGGCAAUAGCUUCUAGACCAGGGGCGGGGAACCUGUUCCAUGGAGAGCCAAUGUGGCUGCAGGUUUUUGCUAUGGCCAAUAACAGUGUGAGUUGUUUUAUUACUGGCUGAUUAAGAAGUCAUCCCAAAAACCCGCACCCAUGGAACAGAUUCAGCACCUCUCUUCUAGACUAUUUUGAAACUAAGGCAGAAAAAACUAUUCACAAUAUCAGUUAUUGAGGCUGGAUGAGUGGAAAAAUCACAGCCAGUAUUAAGUUAAAUCUACGUUAUAGUUUGGUCAUAAUGUAAAACAGGAUGGUGUGCAUAAGCAGGUAAACACUUGUGGGAAUUCUGCUUAAAGUUGCUGCACAUCUUUAAUUACUGCUAUGAGGAAAUGAUUUAUCCUUACAAGCCAGAGAUCAGAUUCAAAAUCAGAGAUAUAACUACUCUAGUGUCUACCGAUAUCCAAGUAGUAAGCUACAUGGUUACAUGGAAUUAUGUAGUAGGCACAAUGUUGUCAUCCCCAGUUAAGGAAAAUCCUGUUUUACAUUCAUGUUUAUCUUAGUACAUUUACUAAGAGAUAAACACUACAUCUCGGUAUGAAGUGACUACUAGAUAUGAAGUACCAUGCAAUGUAGUUACGGAACUCAGUUAUAUUAGGGUGGUUAUGCUUUAGUAAAAUCACUUAAGGUAGAAGGGGUGUUCAAAUCUCUCUCUUAGGAACUUCUCAGAAGCAGUUUCAGUUACUCUAGUCCACAGACAGUAUGUUGACUUGUGUCACUUAACCCUGAAAUCCGUACAUUUGAAUGCUGCUCAAUAAACACUGAUCCCAGUAA